AUGGUUUUUGGAUUUUGCAAAAAGAAGAAGGCGGACAAGUCGCUCGAUGAUCUCAAGAAGGAUAUUGUUAUCGUACGUUUUGCCUUUUUUUUCUUUGUCAUUGGCGUUAGUCGCUGCGCAGAUCUACUGAUCAAAUUCAUUCAGCUCAGAAGAUACGGCUCAAAAGUUGAAGCUCAAGUAGCUUGAAAAAGUAUGCUCAGAUUUUAUAGCUCCGAAAUCUUGAAAAAAAGAGUUAAAAAUAAAAAUUUUUCUGUUUUCUAUUUAACCGUUUAUUCCAUAUUUUUUUAAAGAAAUUUUUUUGAUUUUUUUAUUUCAUAUGUCAAAUGGUAAAAGUUAUAAAAAAAUUUUCAAAACAAAGUGAAAAAAAUCAAAAAUAUAAAAAAAAAUUUUCGAAAAUGUAUACUAGUUUUUUUCUCCUCAUUGGAAACAGUGAUCUGGCCAGAUGCACUUCAAAUCAAAAAAUCAAAAUUAGAAGAUAACAUUUUCUCGGAGGGAUUUUGAUUGGAUAUCAAAGAUCCAGGUUUUUUUCGGUUUACCGCGUUUGUUCUGAAAAGGUCAAUCGAGUUAUUCACACAGUUCAUCAAUAAAUAAGACACGCGGUGAGAUAUCUAUCGGUAUGGUAUCCGGCAUUAUAACUAUCAUGAGAACAGGAGCGAAAGAAUAAUCUCAUAAAGAAAAAAAAAAUCAUAAAGAACCCGAAAAAAAAUUGAAAUUUCAUCACGCCGCAAAAUAGCCAUGGAGCGCAUUUGCUCAAGAUUUAUCUCAUUCGCAUUUUGUGCUUCAGGCUGCACCCCCUGGGCCGGGCCGGCUAGGGCUUGGAGCCUCAUUCAUUUUUGCGUAAAAGCCUGCGAGGGUUCAAGCCAGGCCAAUAGGAAAAAAAGAAUCGUGAUUUUUGUCGUAGAAAAGUCUGAUAUUUGACUUGUCAAAAAUUUGCGCCUUUUGAGCUCGGCCAGACUUUUUUUUUACUUAAGGCCCCGUGGGGCCGGGGACCAAUAAGCUUUCGGGCCUGUUCACUGGGAUGAGAGUUCGCUGACCUCGACUAGAACUGGAGGCGGUUCUGAGUAUUUCUAGGGGCGACUUUAGCGGCGUUAGCACUCUUAUGGUCAUUAAACCACAUUUAAAGGAUGACCACUCGAUUCCGUUGGAAGAGCUGCUCUCUCGAUAUUUAACCUCAGCAACUCAAGGGAUUUCCGACGACGAGGCCUCUUCUCGGUUAAAACGCGACGGCCCUAACGCCCUCACACCGCCAGUCACAACUCCUGUAUGGAUGAAACUCGUUAAGUCUGUUUUCGGUGAGUUUGAAGUAAUCAGUUUGAGAAGCUCAUUGUUUGAAUCUCUAUCUUUGGUAAGUAAUUCAAUUUAAUUCACGAAAAACUGCUCAAAAAAAAUAAGAGAAAUUGAAGGAGGAUUCAACUUUUUGCUGUGGUGCGCCGCGGUGGCGUCCUUCGCCGGCUACAUGAUGGAGAUAUCCUCGACGGACGAGCCAAGCAAAGAUAAUGUUGAUCGGAAUUCGCUUCUCUUGCAAUCUUUUGCUGUUUCAGCUCUACAUGUCGAUAAUCCUGGCGUGCGUAGUCACCCUCACAGGAUGCUUCGACUUUUACCAGGACCGCAAAAGCGGCAAUGUCAUGGACUCCUUUGCUAACAUGAUCCCUCCCAAAACAUUGGCAAGUUCCGCAGGACUACAGAGGUUCAGCUUUGAGUUCAAAGGUGGUCCGCGGCGGACAUACCAAAGAGAUUGAAGUGAAGGAGCUUGUCGUCGGGGAUCUCGUCCGUUUUCGAGGCGGCGACAAGGUUCCUGCUGACAUUCGCGUCACCCUCGCCAGAGGGCUCAAAGUGGAUAAUUCGUCUCUGACCGGCGAAUCCGAUCCCCAAACCAGGAAUUGCGUCUUCACAAGCAAAAAUCCGCUGGAGACAAAAAACUUGUGCUUAUUCAGGUGAGACGGAUCUUUUGAAAUGAAUAAGGAUUUUAAAAGUUUCAUGGAUACUAAAACACACAUACACAAAGUUUGUCUAAAAAAAGAUAACUAGACAAAAAAUCGUAGAAGACUGUAAAGAAUAGGAUCAAAUUUAAAUUGACAAAUUCUUAUUGGUUCCCUUUUCUUGUUUCUUUUUCCAAAAAGUUUUUCUUCUGAUAUAGCUCUCUGAAAAAAAUUGGUAAAUUGAAGAUUUCGAGCAAAGCCGUUGUAAUAAUUCCUUCAAGUUACACGGCGACACCAAAUCGACGCUACACAUACCGCAAAGGCGGAAAAAUGAAAUGUGUAGUACGCAGUGCGCGCGAUGAAUGGAAAACGACGCGCAAAAAGCGAUAUUGAAAUUUUUAUUAUAAUUAAAAAUUAAUUUUUCUGGCUGUUAUUUAUACAGGAUCGCCGAAAGCUAUACACAAAUUUAAGUUCACGAGAUACUCUUGAGAUUACACCUCGACUCGUUUUUUUGAAAUUGAAGUUUUUUUACCUAUGCAAAUAGCUUUAAUAAACAAAACCGUGUUUCAAGAUUGAUCUGAACAAAACUAAGUAGGUUAUUGACAACUGCUACUAUCGAAUGAAACAACAACCAUUUAAUAUUCUCCUUUACAGUACCAGCGUUCUGGAAGGAUCCGGCGAGGGAAUCGUUGUCCUGACAGGCGACCGAACUGUUUUCAUCUGUCAUUUCGAAGAAAGAAAAAUAUUUCAUUUUCCAGGUGGUUGGCCGGAUAGCGGCUCUGACGACGCAGGUCGAAUCUGGACCAACGCCACUUGCCAAGGAAAUCGGACAUUUCAUCAAAGUGAUCUCGGUGGUCGCCUUCUCUGUCGGAAUAGCUUUUUUCGUCCUGGCCAUUGUCUACGACUAUGAAAUCCUCAAGGCCAUCGUUUUCUUCAUGGGAAUCGUAGUGGCUAACGUUCCCGAGGGCAUCGUUCCUACGGUUACUGUGAGUAAACCUUCCAGUUUGCAAAACGCGAACAUGAACAUUGCAAAUGCUGCGGGGGAAAAAUCAGUUGCAACUUGAAUAAGGGUCCAAUUUUUUGGGUAAUGAUUCACGGCUUUUUUUGUUAGUCAAAGAAAAUGCGAAGCCGACAACGAAGAGGGCGGAGCCAAAACCUCCGCCGUCCCCAUGUGACGUCAUGAGAAACAAGCGUAAACAACAAAUAAUAUUAAAGGCGCAUGUUCAAUGGGUCAUGAGACGAAUCGAUUUCUCUUUAAAAAAAACAUGCACUUUUUCUGUUGUCGAGUUCAAAGUGAUUCCGCGAAAUUCAGAAUAGCGACCAGAGAGUGACAAAUAUACGUAAAUUCCGGAAAUUCAGAGAUUUUGAAUUUUUCGCGAAAAGCUUUGAACAGGGCAUGUGCGAGAGCGCCGCAGUGCAUGCACACUAUACACUUCACUUUACGGAAAGAAUAUGUGCGGGACGUUGUCAAAAAAAGCCGUGGAUUGACAUAUCGAUGUUUGAUUGAUCUUCCUUUAAAAACUGUAAAUGAUAAAUAAAAAGAAGGUGAAAAAUGAAGAGGUUAACUUUGGUAAGAAUCGUUUUGUGGACAGGUGAGCCUGACUCUGACGGCGGUGAAGAUGCGGAAAAAGUACUGCCUGGUGAAGAAUCUCGAAGCGGUGGAGACCCUCGGCUCGACGUCGACCAUCUGCUCCGACAAAACCGGCACUCUGACCCAGAACCGGAUGACGGUCACCCAUCUCUGGUACAACGGCAAGAUCCUCGACGCAGAGUUGCUGCCUCCGAACGAGGCGUUCACCGACAAGAAGCGCUACGUCGGCGAUCCUACCUACGAAAAGCUGUUGCGAUGUGCGACGCUGUGCAGCCGUGCCCAUUUCAGGGUAGAAACCUUUUUUCCGGGGCUUUCAUUUUUGUUGUUGCUUUAGAACCCCGAAUACAACGUGCCACUGGCCAAGCGAAUUGUCAGCGGCGACGCUUCAGAAGUUUGAGUCCAAGGAAGAAAUGCAACUUAUAAGGAUACAGGUGGCCAUCAUGCGAUACUGCGAGAUGAUCAGAGGCGACGGAAAGGUGGACGAGUAUCGCAAAGAGAGGCUCAAACACACGGAGAUCCCGUUCAACUCCACCAACAAGUAUCAGGUGCUUUUGAAGCUGACGGCAAACUCGUAGUUCAAUUCAAGCGCCACCGACUAUUUGAAUAGCUUUUUUCACCGCUCUUUUCGUAUCUAUUGUACUAUUUUUUGAUGCACACAUUAAAAAAAAUCAAUAAACAUUGAAAAAGAAAUGAAAACAGCGAUACCCGCCAAACCUCUCCAAAUAGUCGCUGGCGGUUGAACUGAACUCGUGCCAAAAACCGCGUACGCACACGCUACGCGUCCCGCCUCCUUCGCCUUUCAAGUAGGACAAAGUUGACUAUGCUCCACUUUCUUUUAUGUAAUUUACAAUCUUGGAACUUCAAAAGUUUAUUGAGUUGCAUAAGCAAACGGGGUGGGGAGACGUCAAAAAAAAAAUUUGGCGCGAAAAUUCAAAUCUCAAGUACGCAGCCAAAUGAGGAGUACGGUAUACAAGUUAUGUUGAAUACUCAGUGUAAUUUGUGACGUAGAAUGACUCGUUUUUACUUCUGCAGGUGUCGAUUCACACGAAUGGGGAAGCAAAUCUUCUAGUAAUGAAAGGAGCUCCAGAAAGAAUCCUCAAGAUGUGCUCCAAGUACUUCGACAACGGCGAGACCAAAAACAUCUCGAAAAAGUUCAGCCGCGAUUUCGUCAAGGUCGUCGGUGGCGUGGAAUCAGAUAACUUCUCUCAUUUUAGGCCUUCGAGCAGCUAGGAAGUUACGGCGAGCGCGUUCUUGGCUUCUGUGACCUGGAACUGAGCCGCGCCAAGUACCCCUUGGACUACAAGUUUGACACAGAGAACAUCAAUUUCCCAACCAAAAGUCGUUUUCGAAUUUGAUCUCAAUAACCAGCACAACUUUGAGAUUUGCGCUUCCUCGGUCUCAUAUCGAUGAUUGAUCCUCCUCGCCCAGGCGUCCCUGAAGCCGUGCGUGUCUGUCAGAACGCUGGAAUCAAAGUGAGCUUCUGAAAGCGCUUUAUUCAUGUCUUUUCCAGGUUGUGAUGGUGACUGGUGACCAUCCUAUCACUGCCAGAGCCAUCGCCACUCAGGUGCACAUAAUCGAAGACGGAGAAAGUGUAGGCGGCCUUCUCUUCAUAAAACCUCUCAAACCGAUUCUUAGGUUGUCGAAAUAACCAAGGAGGACCCAACGGCGCCACCCGACGAAGUUUACGGCGGAAAAGGAAGGUUCGUUCUAGAGUAACGGUCAAAUAAAAAAAGGAGAUUUCAGACUCCGCAAGACGAACGCAAUAGUUGUACACGGCGAGCAGCUCUCCACGAUGAGUCCGAUUACUUUGAAGUCGAUUGUGAGCAACUAUCAGCAGGUCUGAGCCUCUCCCUGCUCGUCCCAGACUCGCUUCAGAUUGUUUUCGCGCGGACCUCACCAGCCCAGAAGCUGCAGAUUGUCGAGGCAUUUCAAAGUUCGAACAACGUGGUCGGCGUGACAGGCGACGGCGUCAACGAUGCUCCAGCGCUGAGAAAGGCUGAUAUCGGUAUCUAUUGGGUCGUUCCGGCGGCAAAAUCCUUUUCAGGAAUCGCCAUGGGGAUCGCUGGAACGGACGUCUCUAAACAAGCGGCCGACAUGAUUCUCCUUAACGAUAACUUCGCUUCGAUCGUCACCGGAGUGGAGGAGGGCCGACUGAUCUUCGACAACCUGAAAAAGUCGAUAGCCUACACUCUCACUAGCAACAUUCCUGGUACUAUCCAUUCACGGCUCACUUGUCACAAAAAUGCGGUCUUUCAAAAAAGUAUGAAAUAGGGAAAAUUCCAGAAUCGCCCCCCCCACACUGUUUUUCAGCCGCCCGCGUUCUAACAAGUCCCCCACCAAGCCAAGUUCCGAUCUGCGAGGGGGUAAAACCAGAGAACUUCAUGUGGGGGAACGCGGGGGAAGGGGUGAAUCUGUAUUCAAGAAUGGCCCGUCGCAAUUCAAGGGGGGGACGACGACGACGAUAACGUAAUUUAGAAUAGCCCUUCGCAGUACAAGGGGCCGAUUCUGGAACGUCUAUGCAAUCUUUCAUAUUUGCAUGAAUAAAAAUCUCUUCGACAAGCUGAAGAUGUUACUGAAAGAUCUUCAGAAAUCACGCCAUUCAUGUCCCACGUCCUUUUCGGACUGCCUCUUCCGAUGUCCAUCGUCGCCAUUCUGAUGAUCGACUUGGGCACUGAUUUGGUGAGUCGAUUGGCCUCUCCCCGAGAUUCGAAGGAUGUCCCAGUGGCCCGCCAUCUCCUAUGCCUACGAGGUUCCCGAGAGCGACAUAAUGCAAAGGGCGCCGAGGAAUCCGAUCCACGACAAGCUCGUCAACAAAAGGUGCCAAGAGCGACUCUCCUACGUGAAGCUCAUUUCCAGACUCGUCAUGUUCUCCUAUCUACAAAUUGGCGCAAUACAGGCGUGUGCUGGGUUCACAACCUAUUUCGGUAAUCUUGUUUCACGCUGUCUCUUUCAAAUGGGUUUUUGAGCCCUGAUGAUGUACCAUGGAUGGAAGCCUGAACGACUGUAUGACCUGGCCGCAGAGUGGGAGAAUCGUCACAUCAACGACUUGGAAGACAGCUUUGGCCAGCAAUGGGUAGGAGAGCUUGAAAGUCCAUUCACCACGACUUGAAAUUUCACCGAUCGACAUUCCGCUGUCGCGAAGCGUCUUGCCUUUGCGAAUCUCGGUCGCGCUUCCAAUUUUUUUCUUUUAAUUGAAAUUUUCACUAAUUUAGUUAUUUUAUGAGCCAAAAUCGUGACUUUUAUUGCUUGUGGAUAGGCUGCUCCAUGGGGGAACACCUGAAAGUCGAUUACUUUUCGAAUUUUCAACGGAAUUCGCUAUAAUUUCUUUUUCCUUUUGAGUAGUUUUUCGUUAUAAUUUUAAAAUUACUCGACUUCUAAGUGUUCCCAAUGAAACAGUCCAAACGCAAUGAUAAUCACGAGUUUAGCACGAAAAAUUGAAACAUAAUUAAAAAUAGAGAAAAAUUCCUAAUAAAAAAGAUAUUGAAAGCGUGACCAAGAUUCGCAAAGCCAAUUACGCUUUCACGACCACGCAGCGGAGUGUCGUUCCGUGAAAUGUCAAGACACACACUAUAAAUACAGUACUGGCCAUAAAGGUAUUUCAAAGUGGUUUUUCGAGCAUAACUUUUCUGAAAAUGGUUCAAAUGUCCUGAAACUUCGCACAAAUUUUGAAAAGCUAUGGAUUAACUUAUUUUCAGAAGCAGAACACAUUUGCUCUAGUCAAACCAGAUUUGUGAUUAAAAAACCAAAAUGCGCGUAAACUGAAACGUUUCUGUUGAGAGUAGGACUGCGUCAAGUGGGGGCGAACGGGUUACACGUUUUUCUCAGAUAUUAUAGUCUGUGUGCCACGACUUGAAAUUUCAUGGAACGACAUUCCGCUGUUCCGCUGCGUGCGUUCGCGAAGCGUCUUUCGAAUCUAGGUCACGCUUCCAAUUGAUUGUUAUUGCUGUGGGAGCACAUGAAAGUAGAGUACCUUAAUAAAAGAAAGAAAAAUUAAAAGUGCGACCAAGGUUCGCAAAGGCGGGCAGCGGCACAGCGGAAUUUCGUUCGGUGAAAUUUCAAGUCGUGGCACACAUGCUAUAUUUACUUCAAUAUUUUUUAUCACGUUCGUAGAACUUCGUUUUCUGAUCUAAAAUUCGGUGUCCCUAUUUUUCCCUCUUUUCACCUUUUUUUUUGCGGAGAGAUGCUCUUUUCAGAGCUACCACUCUCGGAAAUCCCUCGAAGCCUGCGCCUACGGCACCUUUUUCUUCACAAUCGUCGUCACUCAGUGGGCCGACCUUUUUGCAUCGAAGACGCGCAAGAAUUCGUUGAUAAUGCAGGGACUUGAGUCAGUCGAUGAGUCAUCGUUCUCCUUGAUCUUGCUGUUUCCAGAAAUCAAGUUCUGAACACUUCAAUCAUCUUCACUUGUCUUUUGAGCACUUUUGUGCUGAACACGCCGUACGUCAACCAGUGGCUCGGUGUGAAUGGAAUUAGGUAAUAUUCUUUCUUCGAUAAUAGUGUGUUUUUCGCAACUUGAAAGGACGGGACUUCUCUGCGCGCUCCUUAUCUCUCGACGUCCCUCUCAUGUUUACGUGAUGUUUUCAUGUUUCUCUGACCUCGCCGGUGAGGGAACAGAGAGACGCAGACACGCGAAAACUGUCAAGCCGCGGCAGACUAUAUGAACAUUUUACCUUUUUUCGUCGUCUAAAUCGCUUGUUUGAGGCUCGAAGUGGCUUUCCUGUCGCUGCCAUUUGCGCUGGCCAUCGUUUUGUACGACGAACUGCGGCGCUACUUCAUCCGCCGCUGGCCCGCGGGAUACGUCUACAAGGAGACCUACUACUAG